AUGAAUGCUGAGAGCAAACUGCCUCAGAUAACUAUAGAAACUCGACUAGCGCUUCAACAUUAUGGUAUUACAGCGGUAAAGCUACAGAAACAACUAAACCCAUAUUUGAAUCAGCUACGGUGUAUUGGCAACACGGCAAACUAUCAAUUGGAAGGAUUCUAUAGACGCGUUGAGCAUAUCGAAGUACAUACAAAUGGGUCUGCCAUUAGUGCUCCAAAAGAAAAUACUGAUGUUACCGAUUCAGGUGUAACAGAGGAUACAAAUGAUAGUCCAGAAAAUCUUGACAGUGAAGAAGCAGAUGAAGUCAGUGAUGAGGAUGUUCUAGAACAGCAGCACUGCGAACAAAUGCAAAAUGUUGUAGCAUAUAAGCAAGUUUUUGAGUGGUCACACAUUGGCGUACUAAUGGGUGGACCAGACCCGGCAUUAGCGAUCGCUGAGUCAAUGAAUACACAUUUGUUUGCCAAGAAUCAAUUUAUAAAACAUCUUUUGCAAGAAUCGCUUUAUUCCUUGGCGCAAAAUGGUUCAUUACUUGGACUGAUAAAUUUGCUUGUUUUAGUUUUGGUGGUUAUACGACGUUCGAUGAUUGGCAAACCAAUACAUUUGUCGAAACGUUGUGUGGUUAUCGUCUUUGGUUUAUUUUGGCUUUUUCUUUUUUCGUCUCAUAUUGCGUUCUCAUUGUUACAAUUAACAGCAAUAACCAAUAUCGACGAAAUUUUCCAGUGGAUUGAAGAUACAGAUAUAUGGACUUGUCAAAGUCUUGAAAAUCCGGUUUCAAGUUACGAGGAUAUUGGCAGCAAAUGCGACAACGUUGCACCGUUUUAUACAUUUGGAGCGUAUUUGUUACGUGGGCACACAAUUUUUACGUUAACUUUACUUGGUAUUUCCUUGGCAAUCUUCCUAAUUACACUCUGCUGUCACUCGACUAUUCGUAAGCAACAGGAACUUAUUGACAACAACGGACUACGUGAUCAAGCACCACAUAAAAGACGCGAAUUACUAUUUAACACCUUAAUUCUUUCGAUAACAGUUUAUUUUGUCUCUGUUUUGGGGCAGUCUUUUAUCGAGCUUGCUGUUCUAUGGUUAAGAGAUCGAGAAAGGGUUGCCCGAUUGGCUUUGUGGUAUCAAGUAGCGCAAAUUGCUGCUUUUGCCGACCCACUGUUAAAUCCCAUUCUCGUCACACUUAGAACACCACUUUUACAGAGAAAGUUGAAACAUUAUAUUAAUUACUGGAUUGCAACGACGCUACUUAUUUGUUGUCCUUGGAGAAAGCAAACGCAUAAGAAGAAUCGUGGGGUUAAGAGGAGUCUUUCAGCAACAGCAAAUGCCGACUCGUCAGUAAGUCAACGGACUGUGCCUUCAGAAGACUUUACACUUAAGGUAUUGGUAUUUUUUGCAAAUGAAGUGUAAAA